AGCUUGGGAAGACAGACUGAGCUCAAGGUGGAGUAUCCAUGGAGAUGUGGAGCCUCAUCACCAACCUCUAACCGCACAACUGGGAUGUGGGGCUGGAAGUGCCUGCUCUUCUGGGCUGUGCUGGUCACAGCCACACUCUGCACGGCCAGACCAGCGCCCACCUUGCCUGAACAAGCCCAGUCCUGGGGAGCCCCUGUGGAAGUGGAGUCCUUCCUGGUCCACCCGGGUGACCUGCUGCAGCUUCGCUGUCGCCUGCGGGACGAUGUGCAGAGCAUCAACUGGCUUCGGGACGGGGUGCAGCUAGCGGAAGGCAACCGCACACGCAUCACAGGCGAGGAGGUGGAGGUGCGGGACUCCGUGCCCGGCGACUCUGGCCUCUACGCUUGCGUGACCAGCAGCCCCUCCGGCAGUGACGUCACCUACUUCUCCGUCAACGUCUCAGAUGCGCUGCCCUCCUCGGAGGACGAUGACGACGAUGAUGACUCCUCUUCGGAGGAGAAAGAGACAGAUAACACCAAACCAAACCGUAUGCCCGUAGCUCCAUACUGGACAUCCCCCGAAAAGAUGGAAAAGAAACUCCACGCGGUGCCAGCCGCCAAGACCGUCAAGUUCAAGUGCCCUUCCAGUGGGACGCCGAACCCCACACUACGCUGGCUAAAAAAUGGCAAGGAGUUCAAACCUGACCACAGAAUUGGAGGAUAUAAGGUUCGGUACGCCACCUGGAGCAUCAUCAUGGACUCUGUGGUGCCCUCCGAUAAGGGCAACUACACCUGCAUCGUGGAGAACGAGUAUGGCAGCAUCAACCACACCUACCAGCUGGAUGUCGUGGAGCGCUCCCCUCACCGGCCCAUCCUGCAGGCGGGACUGCCUGCCAACAAGACGGUGGCCCUGGGCAGCAAUGUGGAGUUCAUGUGUAAGGUGUACAGUGACCCUCAGCCCCACAUCCAGUGGCUGAAGCACAUCGAGGUCAACGGCAGUAAGAUUGGUCCAGACAACCUGCCCUACGUCCAGAUCUUGAAGACGGCCGGCGUUAACACCACCGACAAAGAGAUGGAGGUGCUUCACUUGCGCAACGUCUCCUUCGAGGACGCGGGCGAGUAUACGUGCUUGGCGGGUAACUCUAUCGGACUCUCCCAUCACUCUGCAUGGCUGACCGUUCUGGAAGCCCUGGAAGAGAGGCCGGCCGUGAUGACGUCGCCCCUGUACCUGGAGAUCAUCAUCUAUUGCACAGGGGCCUUCCUCAUCUCCUGCAUGGUGGUCUCUGUCAUCAUCUACAAGAUGAAGAGCGGCACCAAGAAGAGCGACUUCCACAGCCAGAUGGCCGUGCACAAGCUGGCCAAGAGCAUCCCCCUGCGCAGACAGGUAACAGAAAGUAGAUGGGGGGUGUCGGCUGACUCCAGCGCAUCCAUGAACUCAGGGGUUCUUCUUGUGCGGCCUUCACGUCUCUCCUCCAGCGGGACCCCCAUGCUGGCUGGGGUCUCUGAAUAUGAGCUUCCCGAAGACCCUCGCUGGGAGCUGCCCCGAGACAGACUGGUCUUAGGCAAACCCCUGGGCGAGGGCUGCUUUGGCCAAGUGGUGUUGGCAGAGGCCAUCGGGCUGGACAAGGACAAACCCAACCGUGUGACCAAAGUGGCUGUAAAAAUGUUGAAGUCGGAUGCGACAGAGAAAGAUCUCUCGGAUCUGAUCUCAGAAAUGGAGAUGAUGAAGAUGAUCGGAAAGCACAAGAACAUCAUCAACCUGCUGGGGGCCUGCACGCAGGACGGUCCCUUGUACGUCAUUGUGGAGUACGCCUCCAAGGGCAACCUGCGGGAGUACCUGCAGGCACGGCGGCCCCCCGGGCUGGAGUACUGUUACAACCCCAGCCACAACCCCGAAGAGCAGCUCUCCUCCAAGGACCUGGUGUCCUGUGCCUACCAAGUGGCCCGAGGCAUGGAGUACCUCGCUUCCAAGAAGUGCAUCCACCGAGACCUGGCCGCCAGGAACGUCCUGGUGACCGAGGACAAUGUGAUGAAGAUUGCCGACUUCGGCCUGGCACGGGACAUCCACCACAUUGACUACUACAAAAAGACCACCAACGGCCGGUUGCCUGUGAAAUGGAUGGCACCUGAGGCAUUGUUUGAUCGGAUCUACACCCACCAGAGUGACGUGUGGUCUUUUGGGGUGCUCCUGUGGGAAAUCUUCACUCUGGGCGGCUCCCCGUACCCCGGCGUGCCUGUGGAGGAGCUUUUCAAGCUGCUGAAGGAGGGUCACCGUAUGGACAAGCCCAGCAACUGCACCAAUGAGCUGUACAUGAUGAUGCGGGACUGCUGGCAUGCAGUGCCCUCUCAGAGGCCCACCUUCAAGCAGCUGGUGGAAGACCUGGACCGCAUCGUGGCCUUGACCUCUAACCAGGAAUACCUGGACCUGUCCAUGCCCCUGGACCAGUACUCGCCCAGCUUUCCCGACACCCGAAGCUCCACCUGUUCCUCGGGCGAGGAUUCCGUCUUCUCGCACGAGCCGCUGCCAGAGGAGCCCUGUCUGCCACGGCGCCCGGCCCAGCUUGCCAACGGUGGCCUCAAACGACGCUGACUGCCACCAGACCCUCCCUGGUCCACGACCCCUGCUGGACUCACUGCCUUUCCUCACCGCCCCCCUUUAUCCUGCGGGCGGGAGCCGGUUGCCCACUUGAGGCCUUCCUGCGUGGCUGCCUGGGCCCCACCAAGUGCCCCCUCUAACUCCUCCUCUUGCCCGGCUCUGGAGCGAGGCGCCAAGGGGCUUGCUUGCUGGUGGCAGCUCCGUUCCCUCCUGUGUAAUGGACCAACAGCCCCUGCGGUGGGUGUGAGAGCAGAGCCUACCAAGGGGAGAGAGCUGGCGGGGUGGCGGGGGUGCUGCUCCUGGUGGCCAGGGGCUCAGCCCUGAGGGCUCCAGCUGCUCCAGAGUAUGUGGUGGUGCCAGUGGCUUAUUAAUUCCAAUACUAAUGCUUUGCUGACCAAAUAACUGGUACCGGAAGACCAGGAGGCAGCCAGGCCUGGAGUGGUGUUGUGGCCCGGGGGGCCCAGCCCUGAGAAACUGGGGGCUUUGUACAUAGCUAUGAAGAAGAAAAAAAAAAAAAACACAAAGUGUAUAAAUCUUGAGUUAUAUAUUUACAUGUCUUUUUUAAAAGGGUCGUGACCAGAGAGAUCUACCCAUCAGCUAAGUUGCUCCUGGCGGCCAGUUGCUAUAUAUUAAAAACAAAAAAAAAGAAAAAGGAAAAAAAAAGGAUUAAAAAAAAAGGAAAAUGUUUUUAAAAAGGUCAUAUAUUUUUUGCUACUUUUGCUGUUUUAUUUUUUUAAAUUAUGUUCUAAACCUAUUUUCAGUUUAGGUCCCUCAAUAAAAUUGCUGCUGCUUCAUUUUUAUACGGGCUGUGUGAAGGGGGUCAAAGAGGGUCCCCCGUUAGGCCCUGGUGCUGCAUGUGCCCUGAAGCCCCUUCCUCCCCUUGAGACCUACACCUAGACCACCAGGGACAAACCUCCCACCUCUCCCCUGCUCCUGCAGGGGUAGGGAGGGCAGCCUUGGCAGAGCAGGAGGGCCAUAGCAGCCUCUGACCACGGA